UGGAGGGGAGACGUUUGUCUCGUCCUCUCUCACCUGCCACACCACCUGCUUACCGCUCCAACUCUCGUUCUGUAUUAUUUAGAAUAUAUUUGACCAUGUCUGUUAUAAUAGAAUUUGCAGCAGAAUUGUAUGUUGAACAUUGCGUGUGGACAGUGAAUUCAUGAAAGGAUUUAUGAAUAUGUAAGAUUUGAAGAUGUGCUCUUGCCCUGGACUACGUAUAAAUUUCAAUCAGCGCACACACACACUCACUAUCCCAGUGACUUGUGUUCACUCGUACUUUAUCUAAUUUAAAUGACAUUUCUGAGCUCGUCCAUUUAGAAAAUUAAAGUUUGUAUCAAGUGAGCACCGUUGUUCCUUCAACAGUCGCGUGUUAGUUAUUUUACUGUACCAAGUUGUCAACGAAGAAUUUAUUCAUUGUUGUGAGGACGGAUUAGAGGAAGGAGGCGUUUGUUGACCAGCUGAAGGAAGGUGCCAGCUGCAGGUGAAGGUGCCAUUGUCGACAGAGGUGCCAUAAGGUCUCGGGUGCUACAAUAGAGGUGCCAUAAGGUCCCAUGUGCUACAGCAGAGGUGCCAUAAGGUCCCGGAUGCCACAAAAGAUGUGCCAUAAGGUCCCAGGUGCCAGAACAGAGAUGCCAUAAGGUCUCAGGUGCCACAAGAGAAGUACGAGUGAGAGAAUUCAUCAGUAUGAGUCUUCAAGAACGGACCGAGUUGCUGUCAGGGGAGGAAGGCAGCUCUCGCUCCUGUACCCCUACUGUGCCUCUCAGCGCUGUGGAGGACCUGGUAGAGACGGUUGUCGUACUGCGCAAGGAACCGACCACCCAUGAAAUAGGGAUCUCUGUAGUGGGCGGCGUCGACACCUACUUGGGCUGUGUGGUGGUGGAGGGGGUGGCAGAGGGCGGACCAGCGUGGUUGGAUGGUCGACUACAGCGUGGUGACAUACUGCUACAGGUGAACGACGAGUCUCUGGUGCACAGUACACGGGAGGAGGCGGUGAAGGCCCUGAGACAGUGUUCUUCCCCCGUCAGCCUGCUGGUGUUGCGUGAAGACCCUGAGCAGCUCUUCACGACCACGCAGGAACCGACCAAGUUCAUCACGGUGGAACUAAGGAAAUCAAGUGUGGCAGAGCGUCUCGGCCUUAGCUUGAUGGAGAGGAGAGACGGCAAUGGGAUAUUCGUGACCUUAGUGGAGCCCGGAAGUCUGGCUGCUCGGUACGGCCGCAUUAUGCAGGGUGACAAACUACUGGAGGUGAACGGCUCUCCUGUGGCUUAUCUCAGUCUUCACCACCUAGCCUUACACCUCAGGAGCAUGGAAGGGAGUGUGGUGGUGGUGGUAGGUCGUGUGCCCUCCCUGGCUAGGUCUGUGCAGCAGUGGGCUCGCUCCCUCCCUCCCUCUACCACCACCUCCCAGCAGCCACCAGCACGACCCAGGAUACACACCUGGUCACACUCGACACCCCAUACGAGCAGGUUAACAGAGUGUCCGUCUCCUGCCCUGGAUGACGCCAGCAGCGGAGGGUCACGGGCGUUACUGCUGGGGCGGCUGCGCGCGCACACCCACAAUGCCCGCACGCGUGCCACCAAGUUCCCGCGUCCUCCAAGCCUCAUACACAUCCUGCGGAGAUCACUACGUGCCCGCAAUACGUCCUCCUCUACCCACACUGUUAUCCGAGCCUCCUGCACUACCCAGGUGUUAAUGAGUGGUGGCAGUGCUCCAGAUUCCCCUCAACUACCAGCUCGCGUCUACAACACAGAAGUGAUCUGUACUGACGACACGGAAUCCUGCGGCUCAGAUAAACCUUUCUUGUCCGAUGUAAAAGUUACAAGCUUUUGAAAACUGAUUAAAAAUUAAUGAAGAAAAACAAACAAAUGAAUCUGAUAUUUACACAAAUAAAGAUUAUAUUUAUUCGGCUAA